UAUAAUCACGCUACACUCAUAUCAUCUGCUUCCUUCUAAUAAUACUCAAGAGCACUAAAGGAGCAAAUGCACAGGCCAUCUUAUAGAUUUUUAUGACAGCUGCAUGUGUAAAAUAAUAACAUUAUAUGUAAAGCAUUCGAAAAAAAUGACAGAAGAGGAAGAAAAACAUGUGUUUAUGAUUCAGUCAGACAGCAAAGGAAAAUCUAUGUUCCUCAUACAAACUAGCUGAAACUUGAACAACCAUUUGGGGUGGGUUGGUUUUAGCUACCAGGACAUUUCCUGCACACUGUGCCAGCCAAACACCGCUCCACCAUUCAAGCAUCUGGGUCCUAGUUUCCUCAUAAUAAAAGGGAAGAAGAAAAGAAAGUAGAAGAAAGAGUGAUCAGGGUUAGUCUUAAUUAUUAAAUAGUCAUGGUUGUCAGAACUGUAAUACUUUACAGACUCCACCUUUCAUUUAAAAAAACAACUUUAUCUGGAACACUGCUUUGUGCACUGGGCGCGUCCGCAGCUCCAUAAGACUUUUUGGUGAUAAUUCACCUUUAUCCACUGCGUUCAUAAACGCUACGCUGUCAGCGUCCAAUGAAAUACGCAGUUGACGAACGGAACAACUCCGUCAUCUUGACUGCUGAACUACAGGUCGGAGCAUGUCGGACAAAGAAUCGCAUAUUUGAAACCUCACGCCGAAUUCAGACGUCUGUGGACAGCGUGUACGGCGCCUGACGGACACUAUAUUACUAUGCUGAAAGAAGACUGUUUGGUAGCGAUUAUGUAUUUGACUUUCGUACUCCGUUUCCUGCUCAACGACAACUUUUGACAAAUAUAGCGUUUACAACAAUAUGACAAUCAAGAUAACAACAGCGCGCACUCUUCCAUCCCAGUGAAAAACAACAUAGAGACAGGAUGUUUAGCCUAACUGAAGUUGCCUCCCUUAAUGACAUCCAGCCGACCUACCGUAUUCUGAAACCAUGGUGGGACGUGUUUAUGGAUUACAUUGGGGUAAUUAUGUUGAUGCUGGCCAUCUUUUCUGGGACUAUGCAGUUAUCCAAAGACCAAGUGGCAUGUCUUCCCAUUCUUGAGGAAAGCACAAACCUUGUGGAAGCACAAAAUCGACAAGAGUGUUCCUUAUCAGUUCUGGGCGCUACACCUUCAACAACUAGAGACCUUCCUGAUAGUGUUGCGCGUGAACUUCUUAACACUCAACCCACUCAACCCACUCCCCAAAAACAACCUCAACCCACAGGGCGAAAAACAAAUCUGGACUUUCAGCAAUAUGUUUUUGUCAACCAAAAGUGCUACCAUGACGCCCUACCAUGGUACAACAAAUACUUCCCUUACCUUGCCCUCAUACACACCAUAAUGCUGAUGGUAAGCAGCAAUUUUUGGUUCAAGUACCCAAAGACCAGCUCAAAGAUUGAGCACUUUGUUUCCAUUUUGGGGCGUUGCUUUGAAUCCCCAUGGACAACGAAAGCUUUGUCUGAAACCGCUUGUGAAGAUUCUGAGGAAAACAAGCAGAGGUUUACAGGUGGUGCGUUUUUUCAGAAACACGUAUCCUCGGAGGACAGCAGUCAGUCUACUCCUUUGAUGGAAACUCCAACAGUGCAGUUUCCAACCGAAAAGCUUAUUGCAGAAUCUCCUAGCUUGACCACCCUAGACAAAAAAGAUGGAGAGCAAGCCAAGGCUCUUUUUGAGAAAGUGCGAAAAUUUCGAGUCCACGUAGAAGACAGUGACUUCAUCUACAAACUGUACGUGGCUCAGACGGCGAUAAAAGCACUAAAGAUCAUUUUGAUCUUGAGCUAUACAUCAACAUUUGCCUCGGAGAUCAGUUUCUGCCACAUAUGCCAACCUGAAGUUAAAAGUUUGACCGGGUAUGACCGGUUCUUUUGCACGCACAACAUGGCGUUCAUGUUGAGGAAACUUCUUUUCACUUUCAUGGCUAUGAUAUGUCUCUAUGGACUGGUGUGUUUAUAUACGCUCUACUGGCUCUUUAGGAGACCUCUCAAAGAGUACUCUUUUGAAAAAGUCAGAGAGGAAAGUAGCUUUAGUGAUAUACCUGAUGUAAAGAAUGACUUUGCGUUUCUUCUACACAUGGUCGACCAAUACGACCAGUUGUACUCCAAACGAUUCGGGGUGUUUCUCUCUGAGGUUAGUGAGAACAAACUACGAGAAAUAAGCCUUAACCACGAGUGGACGUUUGAGAAACUACGUCAGCAUGUGACAUGCAAUGCUCAGGAUGAACAAGAACUUCAUCUCUUUAUGCUGUCAGGACUCCCAAAUGCCGUAUUCGACCUCACCGAUCUGGAAAUCCUCAAGUUAGAGCUCAUUCCUGAGGUCAGGAUUUCAGCCAAGGUUUCUCAGAUGACCAACCUACGGGAGCUGCAUCUAUAUCACUGCCCUGCUAAAGUCGAACAAACUGCUUUUACGUUUCUCCGCGACCAUCUGCGAUGCCUUCACAUUAAGUUUACAGACGUUGCCGAAAUCCCACCGUGGAUUUAUCUGUUGAGGAGCCUCAAGGACCUGAACCUGAUUGGGAACUUGAACUCUGAACACAACAAGAUGAUCGGUUUGGAGUCGCUGAGAGAUCUGCGACACUUGAGGACGUUGUACCUCAAAAGCAACCUCAACAAAAUCCCAACGAAUAUAACAGAACUCUCGCCGCAUCUCACCAAACUGGUGAUCCACAAUGAUGGGACUAAACUGCUGGUGCUGAACAGUCUCAAGAAGAUAACCAGCCUGGUUGAUUUGGAGCUCCAUAACUGCGAUUUGGAGAGGAUGCCCCAUGCCAUCUUUAGCUUGGCUAACUUGCAAGAACUGGAUUUGAAGAAUAAUAACAUCCGGACCAUUGAGGAGAUCAUCAGCUUUCAGCACCUGAGAAGAUUGAUGUGCCUCAAGUUAUGGUACAACAAGAUCACUGCCAUUCCACCAUCGAUAGGCCUAGUGAAGAGUCUGGAGUCCCUCAUUAUCAGUCAUAAUAAACUGGAGACCCUUCCUCCAGCUCUGUUUCAUCUGCCCAAGCUGAGGCACAUUGACCUUAGCCACAAUUGCAUCUCAAGUAUACCCGUGGAGGUCGGACACCUUCACAACCUUCAACAUUUCGCAAUCACAGAGAACAAGGUAGAGGUUCUGCCUACUCAACUGUUUAAAUGUUCCAAACUAAAGGUUUUAUGUGUGGGCCAUAACAGCAUCACCUCCAUCCCAGAGGCGAUUGGGCAAUUAGUUCAGCUGUCCCAUCUUGAGCUCAAAGGGAACUGCUUAGAUUGCCUUCCAUUCCAGCUUGGCCAGUGUCGCCUUCUUCGGAAAAACCUCCUCUUUGUGGAGGAUCAUCUUUUCGACACACUGCCUCUUGAGGUCAAGGAAAGUAUGAGUAGUGACUAAUAGACUGAUUUACUUUUCAGUUCUGUCAUCAACAAUACAGUCUCAAAGAAGCCACAAAGACAGGAAGCAAAAACACGCAUGUUGCAAAAUAUAACAGGAACAUUGCAAACAACAGGUUUGUGUUUGCUACUGUUUGCCUAUUAGAAGGAGUGUUUAGUUUAAGUUAUGAUCUGUUAUACAUUUACAUAUGUAUAUUGUGUAUUUACUAUGUUUGAUAUGCAGGCUGAUGCAUAUUUUAAAGGGACAGUGCACCCAAAAAUGAAAAUUCUAUCAUUAUUUACUUGUCGUUCCAAACCUGUAUGACUUUAUUACUACUGUGGAACAUAAAAGAAGAUAUUUUAAACUCUUUUUUGUCCUUCAGCGGGGUCCAAAUCAAUAUCCGACCCCACUGACUUUUAUUGUUUCAUCUUUUAUGUUCCUUCCUAUGUCAUACAUGACACAAGAGUGAGUAAAUAAUGACAGAAUGACCAUUUCUGGGUGAAAUUUCCCUUUAAGUUCUAAAAAAGGUCAGUAGUUCUCAUAAAUUUGUUUUCAAAAGUGUCUAUCAAUGACAGUUGUGUAACUGUUAUAUGACUAGUAUAAAUGUAUGAUGUAUUUCUCUAGAUUUGUUAGUUUAGAAGCAGCACUUCUCAGCAUUUUAUACACUCCAUAAGACAUGAUCUGACAUGAUGAAAGACAUGAUGAAAGUUCACCUUUUCUCUUUAGCAAUAACUGCCUUAUUGCAACAUGUUUUUGAGUCUGAGAAUGUGUUUUUGUAUUUCCUUUGUUAAGACUGAAACAUAUGAAGUGUUUUUGCUGUAUUGUGCUGAUAAGAGGCAUAUCAAGGACUAGGAACUGCCAGAAUGGGGGGGAUGUACAUCCUGCAUCUCAUGAUUAGAACCUCAGUGACCUUGUAAAGCUGCCCACGGUUUACUUAUGUGCUGUCAUUACGAUUAUAUCUUAGAAGACGACACCCACGAAGAAUAACUGCCCUUAACAUUCACUGUUGUGUAAUUAUUAUUGUCUUAUUUUUUGUGUUCUCUGAUUGUGAUUAAAUGUUGUGUAUAAACAAGAUUUGGUUACACAUUACAAUGUUGUGAAAGUACAACGGUACAGUGUUUUUUAAAAAAGCAAUCUUCAGUUGUAAAGAAAUUGUUUUUUGAGGAAACAUUUCAAGAUUUUUCACCAUAUAAUGGACUGAUGGUGCCCUGAUUUUGAACUGAUUUUGAGAGCAAGGCAAGACGAGCGUUUGAGAUUAAAAAGUAUUUAAAUUGUAUUUUUUAAAUGAAAAUAACCAAUCGUUUUGCUAGAUAAGACCCUUCUUCCUUGGCUGGGAUCGUUUACAACUCCAUUUGGGAUCAUUUGAAGCCGCAUUUAAACUGUAUUUUGGAAGUACAAAAUCGGGGCACCAUAUCAGUCCAUUAUAUGGAGAAAAAUGCAAAAAUGUUUUCCUCAAAAAACAUAAUUUCUUUACGACUAAAGAAAGAAAGACAUGAACAUCUUGGAUGACAAGGGGGUGAGUACAUUAUAUGUAAAUCUUUGUUUUGGAAGUGGACUUCUCCUUUAAAUGAAUUUAAGUGAAGAGAUUGUGACUUCUCUUUUUUUAAGUAGAUUCAGGACUUUGCAUACUAUACUUCUGCAUACAUGCAGUGCCUUGCGAAAGUAUUCAUACCCCUUCUUUUUUUUCACGUUUUGUUAUGUUUGCUGCCUCCAUACACCAUAAUCACAAAGCAAAAACAGAAUUGUCACAGCAUAUAAAUUUAUUAAAAAUAAAAAGCUGAAAUAAGUGCAGAAUAAGUGCUGAAAUAAUUACCUUAGUACUUAGCUGAAACACCUUUACAGCCUCAGGUCUUUUUGGGUGUGAUGUGACAAGUUUUGCAUAUCAGCAUUUGGCAGUUAUCUGCCGUUCUUCUCCUCACCUCUUCACCUCUCAAGCUCUGUCAGCUUGGAUGGGGGCAGACGCACAUUUUCAGGUCUCUCUAGAAAUAUUUGAUUGCGUUCAAGCCCAGGCUGUGGCUGGGCCACUCAAGGACAUUCACAGAGUUGUCUAUAAGCCACUCUUGCUGUGUGUUUAGGGUCACUGUCCUGUUGGAAGGUGAACCUUCUUCCUAGUCUGAGGUUCUGAAUCCUCAGGACUUGGGAUUUCAUUAAGUCUAUCUCUAUAUUUUGCUGUGUUGAGCUUUCCUUCUACUUUGCAAGUCCCUCAGUCUCUCCCACUAAAAAAUAGCCCCACAGCAUGAGGCUGAUACCACCACACUUUACUUUUGGGACGAUACUCUGCAGGUGAUGAGCAGUGCUUGGUUUCCUUUAAACAUGAUGCUUGGAAUUGAGGUUCAUCAGAACAGAGAAUCUUGUUUUUCACAGUCUGAGGGUCCUUUAGGUGCUUUUUUCCAAAUGCCAAGUGUGUUUUCAUGUGUCUUCUCUGAGGAGACGAUUGAGUCUUGCCACAACCCCAUAAAGCCCAGACUGGUGUUGCAGUGAUGGUUGUCCUUCUGUAGGUUUCUUCCCAUCUCCAUAUAUGGUUAUGGAGCUCAACUAGAGUGAUCAUCAGCUUCUUGGUCACCAGUCUAACCAAAACCCUUCUUCAUCACUUGCUCAGUUUGGCCAGGAAGCCAACUCUAGGAAGAAUCCUGGUUGUUUCAAAACUUCUUCCAUUAAGGGUAACGGAGACUACAUGCUUCUGUUAACCUUCAGUGCAUCAGAUUUUUUUUUCUGAACUCUUCCCCAGAUGUGUGACUUGACGCAAUUCUGUUUCUGAGCUCUACAGGCAGUUUUUUCUUAAUCUCAGGUUAGACCUUUUAUAAAGACAUGUGCCUUUCCAAAUGAUACCCAUUUAACUGAAUUUGCCACAGGUCAACUUGUAGUGUAGUAACAUCUACAAGCAAUAAGAAAGCUCCUGAGCUAAAUUUCAACUGUCUCAGAUAAGGGUAUGAAUACUUAUGCAAUGGAAUAGCUCUUUGUGGGGAAAAAGUGAUUUAAAGCAGUUUAACAUAAGGCAGCAACAUAACAAACCAUGAUAAAAAUGUGAAAAUAAAUACUUUUGCAAGGCACUGUACACAUAUUUAUAGAGGAUUUGCCCACUCCCUUCUAUUUAAUUUUGCUGUUGUUCCCCGUAAAUAUUUCUAUCUUGAUAACUUUAUUGUUUCAGCUGGGGAAAAUUUGCCUAAGACACUGAGCCCUUUGGUUCAAUACAGUCUGCCAGUGUUUGUGAAUAGAAGCAGUAUAGUUGUUCUUAUUUUUGUACACCUUUAAGCAAUGGGUGUGUCUGAAGCUAAAUGUGAUAAUUAGGGGGGAAAAAGGAGCCUGUGGGGGGAAAAAACUACUUGGAUUUAUAUAACCACAAACCUGGGAAGACUUAACUGCUCAGGAUCUACCAUUAAAUCACCAGUUUUUUCACACGAGUGUAGGUCCGCCUCAUUAAAAAGAAGGAUUUUGCUUUCUGCAUAUAUUUCAGUCUCAACAGGAAUUCAUCCUUAUCUAAAGUUGUUUGUGAAGACUAC